AUGGUGUUCGUAAGUUCCGCCGUCCUGGGAGCGGCGGCCGGGACGGGGCUUGCCCUGCUGGUGGCCGUCACCAUCGUCAUGUACCGCUACUACGUGGUCCGCCGAAAGGGCAAGGAGUGGGCCGAGCUGGAUCGGUUGGAGGAGAAAAAGGCGGCCCGAAAGAUCAACCUGCAGGACUGUAACGUGACGAGCGGAUCGGUACCGGUCCAGCCGGCCAGCAGUGUCGUCCAUCACUCGAUCAGCUCCGAAACGCUCGCCACCGGUUCGGUCGAGGUAACGCCAAACCCGCUUCAGCCAUCGAACUCCGGUGCCGCGAAGAAGUCCUACGGCACUGGGACGGCUACGGCUUGCCGACCGCACCCUGGACGGACGUCGGCAGCAUCGCGCAACAACAGCAUGGAGAGUGUCCAUUCGAGAAGCUCGAGCUAUCGGGAAAGUGUGCCAAAGUUCAUGACUCACGCAAACAGUGACACGCGCUCUACGACGUCGGACAACCUCAUUCUGAGGAAAUCUCGAUCCCCAAGUCCGAUGCGUACCUUCAGCCUCGAGGGUCGUUUUCCCAUCGGUUCUGCUGCGGGCUUUGGGGUCGAUGUGGGAGCGGCAGAGCGCGGUAGUAAGGGUAGCUUGGCCUCGGUCAUCAGUGUUAACCCGCGGGACAUCAACUCGCCCCGGAAGCGCAACAGCACGUUCUCGGGCACGGGCGAACUGUGCGCUCCGGAUUCGCCGAUCGGGUCCAUUCGCUCCGAUAGCAGCCGGGGCUCACCGAGAAAGCGCGUCCCGGUGAUACUGGCCGCCAACGAUAUCCAUUCCGUGAUGGGACGAUUCCAUCUGCGCUUGAAGUACGAAGGCGGUAAGGAGGAACUGAUGGUGCAUCUCGUCGAAGCUCAAGACCUUACGCCGACCGGUGACGGUGGGUUCCGUGAUCCGUACGUCAAGAUGUUCCUGGAACCGGACGAGGAGCAGCGCACCCAGCAGACGGCGGUACAUCGCACCGAGACCCAUCCGUACUUCGACCAGCAGCUUUCGUUCCCGUUGAAGCCUCGCAACUUGGUGAAGAGUAGCUUCGUGUUGCAACUGCUCGAUUACGAUCGCUUUUCGCACGACGAGGUGGUCGGUGAGAUUCGGUUCCUGCUCAACACGCUCGACCUGUCCGGCUGCGAGCUGUGGGGGGAUCUUAUUGCCGUCCGGCGACCGACCGAGUCGGCGACCGAGCUGCUCAUCUCCCUCAGCUAUCUGCCGCAAGCCGAGCGACUGACGGUGGUCGUGAUGAAGGCGAAGAAUCUCUCCAUUUCCCACGAGCCAUUCGUGAAGCUCUACCUGCUGGUGAACGAUAAGAGAGCGAAAAAGCGCAAAACCAGCGCGAUCCGUGCCCUCGACCCGACCAACCCGAUCUGGAACGAAGCCUUCACGUUCGAGCUGCCGGCCUCGCAGUUGCAGGACGCCGGCGUGGAGCUGUUCGUCACGUCGAACGAAGGCGAAGGUCAGGACCUGGGCUGUGGCGUGGGGCUGCGUGAAGGUGGCAGCGGCACGCAGCACUGGCAGGAUCUGAUGCAAAACAGUCGCAAACCGAUCGCCAUGUGGCACGUGCUGCGAUAA